UUGCCCUGUGUCUUCCCUCAGUGAAACACACAGAACGCAGGUAGCCAAAAAUGGCACUGUGAUAAAACUGAUCUCUUUAUUUUUAAAAAAAUUACAGAAUGGGGUGCGUGUUCCUAGUAACAGCUUCCCAGCUGCCUGACUCUCUUUUGUCCUGGUUGGGUCAGCAGUCAGAGGUCAUAAGGCCGUGAACGAUGGAGUAAAACUCAGGACAAGUAAAAUUCCAACAAGGCCGCGGGCAGGCCGAGGCUGCCAGUUCCUCCCUGGCAGGCGGGCAGGCUGCUGUGGGCGGCCAAUGAGUCCUGCCUCUUGUCCGGCUGCAGGGGCUGUGCGUGACCAGAAGACAUCCUCAUGGGGAACCACAGUUUCAUGAUACUCCUUGGGUUUGAUUUCAAGCCAUUUAUGAGACUUUAAAUCUCUUGAAAAUGGAAAACCUAGUGCUGUCCUUCCCAAGGGACCCUGACUGUUGAUGAUGGCAGAGAUUGUGCCUGCCCGCAGCUCCCGUGCAGCCCCUGGGUGUCACCCAGUCUGAGUCGUCCUGACCAUGGAUGGAGCAUCGUCUGUGCAGGGUGGCCUCUUGGAGGACGGAUCCCACAGUGGCACCUCAGCCCUCCCUGAUGCCCUCCCCAAGCCCCUGAGCCCGAAGGCGCCUCCUGACCUGUGGGACGAAGGCCAGUGUGCCAGCGUUGAGGCGAGCAGAGCUGUGGAUGAAGGAGGAAGCCUAGAUGUGCCCAGUGAGGGGGACACCUGUCAGAAUGGGCCAGCGCCACAGCUCCCAGGCUCGCCAUGGGCUCUCGGUCCCCCAACAAGUCCAGUGGGUCCUGAUGCCCCUCCAGGUGUGGCUGAUUUCCAUGACAACCUAACGAAGUCUCAGGGGACUAGUGCUGAGGGCAGUGUUAGAAAAGAAGCUUUGCAGUCUCUCAGACUCAGUCUUCCUAUGCAAGAAACGCAACUGUGCUCAGCAGAGGCUUCGCUGCCCCUGGAGAAGGAGGAGCAGGUCCGACUUCAGGCUCGGAAGCGGCUAGAGGAACAGCUGAAACAGUACAGGGUGAAGCGGCAGCAGGAACGAUCCAGCCAGCCUGCAACUAAAAUGAGACCUUUCAGCACACUUGAUCCUGAACUCAUGCUGAAUCCAGAAACCUUACCAAGGGCCAGCACCGUGGCUAUGACAAAAGAAUAUUCUUUCCUGCGCACCAGUGUGCCUCGGGGGCCAAAAGUAGGCAGCUUAGGACUCCUGGCACAUCCUAAGGAGAAAAAAAGCUCCAAAUCAAGCAAAAUUCGGUCCCUGGCUGAUUAUAGAACUGAAGAGUCAAAUGCUGGGAAUUCGGGUGGAAAUGUUCUGGCCACAGAGUCCGCCAGGGGCUCCCUGAAGCAGAACCGAAGCAGCACGUCGUCAGUGGUGUCUGAGGUCAGUCUGUGCCCUGAGGCCGACGACCUGGAGAGCUGCUCCCUGACUGGAGACAACACGUCUGAGGCCGGGAAUGAGAGUGACAGCUCCUCCUGCAGUGGUGUCUCCACCCGGGGGGUACACCGCCUCCCUGUGAACCGUGCUGGCACGCGUGAAGCCUCCUACAUGGUCAAUGGCCAGGAGCUCGGUACCAGUUCCUUGGGCCAGUUUCCAUCCAUCGCAGAUGUCCUUCGAGCCGCUGCAGCUGAGCACCGAGACCAAAGACCGGAGCUCAAUGGGGAGGCACGGAGCCGGACGGACAGCAUCUGCAGCAGCGUGUCCAUGGAAAGUUCUGUGGCUGAAACUCAGGAUGAGAUGUUGCAAGUUCUUAAAGAAAAAAUGAGACUAGAAGGACAGCUGGAAGCCUUAUCCCAGGAGGCCAGUCAGGCACUUAAGGAAAAGACAGAACUGCAGGCACAGCUGGCAGCCCUGAACACGCGGCUGCAGGCACAGGAGGAGCACAGCCACAGCAGCCAGCAGAAGCAGGAUGCGCUCACUUCGGAGGUGGACACGCUGAAGCAGUCAUGCUGGGACCUGGAGCGGGCGAUGAGCGACCUGCAGAACACACUGGAGGCCAAGAAUGCCAGCCUGGCAUCCUCCCACCGUGACCUGCAGGUGGCCGAGCAGCAAUACCAGCGCCUCCUGGCCAAGGUGGAGGAGAUGCAGAGCAGCAUGCUCAGCAAGGACAGUACAGUGCAUGACCUACGACAGCAGAUGACAGCCUUACAGAGCCAGUUGCGGCAAGUGCAGCUGGAGCGCACAACGCUCACAAGCAGGCUGAAGGCGUCCCAGGCAGAAAUCGCAUCUCUGCAGAGCGUCAGGCAGUGGUACCAGCAGCAGCUUGCAUUGGCCCAGGAGGCCCGGGUCAGACUGCAGGGCGAGAUGGCCCACAUCCAGGUUGGACAGAUGACCCAGACAGGCCUCCUGGAGCACCUGAAACUGGAGAAUGUGUCCCUGUCACAGCAGCUGACAGAGACCCAGCACAGGUCCAUUAAGGAGAAGGAGCGCAUAGCCCUGCAGCUGCAGGGCAUCGAGGCUGACAUGUUGGACCAGGAAGCUGCCUUCGUGCAGAUUCAGGAGGCGAAGACAAUGGUAGAGGAGGACCUGCAACGGAGGUUGGAGGAGUUCGAGGAGGAGAAGGAGCAGCUGCAGAACGUGGCGGCCUCAGCAGUAGCCCUGGAGCAGCAACUGGAGCAGGUGAAGUUGACUCUGCACCAGCGAGACCAGCAGCUUGAGGCCUUGCAGCAGGAGCAACUGGACCUUCUGAAGCAGUUCACCUCGACCCAGGAGACACUGCAGAGCCGGGAGCAGGCCCUUGGCGACCUGCAAGAGCGCUACAGUGAGCUGCAGGCCCGGCUGGAAGAGCUCGAGGGCGAGGCCACCACCAGGGACGACACCAUUAGCUUCCUGCAGAAGGAGAAGAUUGUCUUGGAGGUGGCUCUGCAGGCAGCCAGGAGCGGCGGGGAGCAGCUCGACAGAGGAGCCAGACGCUUGGAAGAAGGUGCUGAGGAAACGUCGGAAAUUUUGGAGCAGUUGAGACAGGAAUUAGCCAUCAAGUCCAGCCAGGUGGAGCACCUUCAGGAAGAGACUGCCUCUCUGAAAAAGCAGACACAGAAAACAAAAGAACAGUUUCUUCAACAAAAGGUGAUGAUGGAGGCUUACCGACGCGAUGCUGCCUCCAGAGACCAGCUCAUUAGCGAGCUCAAGGCCACAAAGAAGAAGCUGGACGUGGAGGUGAAGGAGCUGAGGCAAGAGCUGAUCCAGGUCCAAGGGGACAAGAAAUCCGUGGAGGCAGAGCGGGCGCACUUACAAAAGGAGGUGUCCCAGGUCCAGCAGCAGAUGGCAGCUCUCGAAGGGCAACUGGAGUCAGUGCAGCGGGAGCGUGAUGAGAUGGAGACGCAUCUGCAGUCUCUGCAGUUUGAAAAGCAGCAGGUGGCUGCGCUGACGGAGGCAAAUGAGGUGCUCAAGUCUCAGAUCGAAGAGCUGCAUCAGGGAGCUGCCAGGGCCAUCACUGAGCAGAAGCAGCGGGUGAUGCGGCUGGGCUCGGACCUGAGCAGUGCGCAGAAGGAGAUGAAGAGCAAGCACAAAGCCUACGAGAGCGCUGUGAGCAUCCUCAGCCGCCGCCUGCAGGAAGCCCUCACAGCCAAGGAGGCGGCCGAGGCCGAGCUGAGCAAGCUGAGAGCCCGGGAGGCUGGCGGCCCCAGUGAUCUCACACUGCACGAGAGAAUCCAGACCCUGGAGUUGGAGCUGCAGACCGUGGGCCACAGCAAGGUGAUGCUGGAGAAGGAGCUGCAGGAGGUCAUCACCCUGACUAGCCAGGAGCUAGAGGAGUACAGGGAGAAGGUGCUGGAGCUGGAGGAUGAGCUUCAGGAAUCUAGGGGCUUUAGGAGGAAGAUAAAGCACCUUGAGGAAUCAAAAAAGAAGUUAGCCCUGGAGUUGGAGCACGAGCGAGGGAAGCUCACCGGCCUUGGCCAGUCCAAUGCGGCUUUGCGGGAGCACAACAGUGUGUUGGAGACAGCACUGGCCAAGAGGGAGGCUGACCUCGUAGAGCUGAACCUCCAGGUUCAGGCCAUCAUGCAGCGCAAACAGGAGGAGGACCUCCAGAUGAGGCACCUGGUGCAGACCUUACAAGCCGCCCUGGAAAGAGAGAAGCUGGAAGUGCACAGCCUCAGGGAGCAGGUGGCUGCAGCCAAAGCAGAAGCAGGGCACAACCGCCGCCACUUCAAGGCCGCCACCUUGGAGCUGAGCGAGGUGAAGAAGGAACUGCAGGCCAAGGAGCUCCUCGUGCAGACACUGCAGGCAGAGGCCGAGUGUCUCCAGCGUCAGGAGGGCACACGUGCCCAGGAAGUCGCACAGUUCCAGGCAGAACUGGCAGAGGCGCGGACGCAGUUGCAGCUGCUGCAGAAGCAGCUGGAUGAGCAGCUGAGCAGGCAGCCCGCAGGAAACCAGGAGAUGGAAAACCUCAAGUGGGAGGUGGAUCAGAAGGAGAGAGAAAUCCAGUCCCUGAAGCAGCAGCUGGACCUGACUGAGCAGCAGAGCAGGCGGGAGCUGGAUGGGGCUGAGCAGUCUCUGCAGAACAUCAAGUCUGAGCUGGAGAUGGUGCAGGAGGACCUGUCCAAGACCCAAAAAGACAAGUUUGUGCUUCAGGCCAAAGUGUCGGAGCUGAAGAACAACAUGAAAACUCUGCUGCAGCAGAACCAGCAGCUCAAGUUGGACCUGCGACGUGGUGCAGCCAAGAUGAGGAAGGAACGGAGAGGUGAGGCCAGCCCGUCCAGCCCUGUGACGCCAGUGAAGGUCCCUGACUGCCCGGUCCCAGCCUCACUGCUGGAGGAACUGCUGAGGCCCCCUCCCGCCGUGAGCAAGGAGCCCCUGAGGAACCUCAACAGCUGCCUCCAGCAACUGAAGCAGGAGAUGGACAGCCUGCAGCGCCAGAUGGAAGCACAUGCGGUCACUGUGCAUGAGUCACUGUCCUCGUGGACUCCAGGGGACCUCGCUGCCAGCCCCGGUUCCCCGGGUGCCCAUGCCAACCCCGGAGGAGACACAGAGCCACCCAGUCCCAGCAGGGCUUCCACAGAGGGGCUGGGAAUGGCGACCACUGAGCAUCCCCACCCUGAGUGUGUGUAGCUGUCUGGACGGUCCCUCAAGGUCACGUAUCUGACCCAGCUGUUUCUUUCAGCGAUGGAGUUUAAGUUUUGUGUUUGCCUUUACAAGGGGUAAAGUAACAGAGCCACCUGCAGGUCACAGCCACCCUCCCCACAAAGUGACCAAACCUUAAAGUCCUGGGUGAGCUUUUGGUAACAGUGUUGGAAAGCCCUGAGGGUUACUUGUGGGAAGCGAAACCUCACGAGUGACAUAAACGUGGCUUUGCAGCCUCUGGUCCUGGGGAACCUGGUCGUGGGUUCACUUCUUCACUUCCUGUGGGACCCACUACAAGCUUCACCUCCUGCAGGAGUGAAACUUUAUUUGCACCUUUGGUUUUCAUUAUUUUAUUUUAUUUUCAUAGCCAUCCCACCAUAGGACAUGUAUGUAAAUAUUGAGAAUUAUAAUCUAAUCUUUAAAAAGUAUGUCCUGAUAUUAUUUUAAAAUGACCUAAAUUGUCUGCUUUUUGAUUGCCUUUUGAAAAUCUGCUGUUAGGAAAUAAUGUACAUGUAGGAUUAAGGAAUGUCAGAAAAUUAUAUUUUAAGAAACAUAAUUAUUUUAUUUACCUUCUAAAACCAAAUAUUCUUAGACAAAGAGCAUUCUUUCUAGUUUUUGUUUCACUUCAUUUUUGAAUGUCUUUUUCCUUGUCGUAAGUGCACAAUGUCCACCUGUCCAACUCAACCUUGCUUGGCCUUGCCUUGAUCAUCACCCAGGCAGGUCCUGUGGUCACCAGGGGCACCCAGAAGGAUGCCAUGGUCCCCACAUGCUGGCCUGACGUGUGAGGACUGGAGAGAGGCACAGGUCAGGUGGGUAGGCGGGGCUCCAGCCCAGGUAACACGGGUUUUCCAGGCUGCACCUUCUGUGCUUCGGGUGGCAGUGAGCACUAGGACCUUGGUCCUUGGAGACAUGCUGGACUCAGCAGUGACAGCCAUCAGGAGGUCCACAGUCCUUUAACAUCUUAUUGGGAGCCAAGUGAGGUUCCUGGGAGAGGCAGGUUGCCCCAAGGGCGAAGGUGGUGAGGUCCCCACACUCUCCCAACGUGGAAAAGCCCUGUUUGACACGGCCCCACAAGUGCGUGAGGUUUGCCUAUACACACGUCCCAACUGAAGCCCUUACACUGGCAGAAACUGAAAGACUGUGGGACUGUAAGCUUCUCCCCAAGUUACCUAGGAAAACCUAAAGUGUGUAUUGUAACAAGUUAGAGACCAGCAAGUGGGUACGCAUGCCUCCUGUGCAGACCUGCUGCUCUGCAGGUGGAGUGACGAGUGUGCAACUCGAGUCUCCUGUGUGGAGAAAAAGGUUUUUUAAGCUGUGUUCUCUUCAAUAUGCUGUCAGAAGGUUCAUUGAUAAAGUAGUGUUAACACAAAGAUGUUUAUUGUUUAAAAAAGGUUCCCCAGGAAGUAUUGGGACUUCUAAACACGUGUCUCAUUUGUACAGGGUCAGUCUUGAAACAAUACUUGAAAACUCAUUAUAAAUGUAUUCUACUUUUCAUAAUAGUGGGAAAUCAUUUUUGAAAAAAUAGUUUUUGUACCAUCAGAAGAGAAAGAUGAUAAUUUAUGUUCUUAUUUAUUUUGGCUGCAUUACCAUUGUUUUAAUUUUAAAACCAAGAAAUGGCACUCAGCCCAGAUGCGUGGAAGGCCUGCCAGUCAUCACUGUGUCCUUUCCCUGAGGAAACGCCAACACUGAGUGCACCCAGCCAGGGGAAGCCAGUCUCGUCCUCGCCCCCUUCCUCGGUCUGGCCACCCUCCGUGUGCACAUGCACCUCCGCACACGUGCGCUCCGCGCUCUCUGGCUUCCUGGCCUUGCCCGGUGCUGCCUUCGUCUGCAGUCCCACCCUCCAGGCCAGCCAGCGCCCAGCCAGCUGUGGGCUGAGAUUCGAGCCGUGUCUUCUGUGGGCUCCUGCUUUCUUAUCUCCAUGGGACUCUGCUGUCACUUCUACCUCCCAAGGUGUGAACCAUCCUUCCAUGUGGGGACAAGUGGGAGUUAGGAAGUUACUCAUGAACACCAGCAGUCGUGUCUGGAGCAUAUGUAACAACGGGCUCCCUGUUGCAUUGCAUCCGUGUGUCUUUUUCGUCCUGUGUGCAAGUACGCUGUCAUGCCCUCACUCAGAGAAUGUGGGCUUGGACACCUUAAGAUAUCAUUACUUGUUUCUCUUAUGUUGCAAAAAAUACUGCAAUGAGAUUAUCAUUGAUUUCUCCACAGUAUGUAUCAGGCAGAUGCCACAGAUCUGAUAGGUUUUGUUCUCCAGGGUGGGGUGAAAGGUUUACAGUUGUUCAUGUGCAAAGUAAUACAAUAAGAACACAAGAGUGAACUCUUGUUUCUUGUACUCCCAACUGUAAACCUGCUUUUGCCCCACCUGGUAUCUGGAGGGUUAAGAGGCGUUCCCACUGGGGUGUGAAACGUGCUCUUGUCCCAGGGUCUGCACAGCAGCGCCCACAGGGAAGCCAGCCUGUGGCCACAGUAUUGGGAAGUCUCAUGAAGCCCCUCAUGGCUUAGACCUUUCUUGGUCUAGGGUUACUGCAAAGUCAUUGUGACAUACAUUUCUACUUAAUGUGUGUUUUAACAAAAAUGUGGUGUGUAAAUAUUUCUGGCAGCGCCGGGGACCAGCGUGUCUGAACUGUCCCUUCUUGAGAGCCCCCCGUGAGGUGGACAGCACUGGGACGGGUGGGACCCUCAGCCUUAUUCACACAUGUCCAGUGACCACGUCCCAGGUGCAUCUCGUGUGUGGUGGUCUCAGGUCAUAAUAGGGUCCUUGGGUAAUGUUUGAGAGAGACUAGGAAACUCAAGAGGUUCUAAGUUACUUACUUCAGUUAGAAACUUACUCAUAAAACAGACUCCUCAGGUUGGGGCAGUUCAGGGGAAAGGUGUCACCAUGCACAACAAAUUGUAACUUUAAAAUGCAUGUUAAAUUUUUUUUUAUAAAUUUAAGCGUGCUUGGGAAUUCUUUGAAAUUUGUGCAAUAAACUAUUUUUUUGU